UCCAGUCAUCUAAUUCUUCUCACUUUCGAUUCGCGAGAAAAUCUUAAAACUUGUCAGGGGAAAAUGUCAGGAAGAGGAAAGGGAGGAAAGGGAUUGGGAAAAGGAGGAGCGAAGAGACACAGGAAGGUUCUAAGAGACAACAUCCAAGGAAUCACGAAGCCUGCGAUUCGUCGUCUUGCUCGAAGAGGAGGCGUGAAGCGAAUCAGCGGUUUGAUCUACGAAGAAACCAGAGGAGUGUUGAAGAUCUUUCUCGAGAAUGUCAUCAGAGACGCCGUGACUUACACUGAGCACGCGAGGAGGAAGACGGUGACUGCGAUGGAUGUUGUUUACGCUUUGAAGAGGCAAGGACGCACUCUCUAUGGAUUCGGUGGUUAAGAUCGAGUUUUUAGACUUUUGCUUUUGAUUUUUAUUUUCCUGGGUUGUGUUGUUGUUGCUUAUUAAGUCUUGCGGUCAAGAAAUUUGGAAAAAUGGGGAGGGUUGUUUUCAGUUUUUAGGGAUUUAGGUUUACUUUUUCCGUAUGUGUUGGUUUGUAAUUAGGGUUUGGGUUAUUGCGCUACUGUAACGAAUCUCUCUUUUGGUUAAUUAUAGUUCUAUUUCUCUUUGAGAUUUUUCGUUAUCA